AUGGCGGCGGCCGGCGCGGCCCUGGAGGAGGCCAGCCUGCUGGCCUGGCUGUUCCGCGGGGCGCCGGGGUCGGCGCCAGGGCCGGAGCUGGCCGGGUACCUGGCGGAGCUGGCGGGGCUGGGACUGGAGGCGCUGGGCCGCGAGCCGGGCCGCCUGGCCGAGGAGCGGGCGCUGGCCGCCGCCCAGACGCGGCACUUGGCCUUCGCCCACUACAAGAUCUUCAUCCGCUCGGCCGAGUGCACCAGCGAGACGGGCCGCGGCUUCGGGGGCAUCGAGCGCGGCCUGGCCCGGCUCCUGGGGCGGCUGCCCGGCUUCCAGGAGACCUGCAGGAGCUUCUUGCGGGACGCCGAGGAAAUCGCCUCCAGCCGCCGCAUGAACAGCCUGACCCUGAACCGGCACACGGAGAUCUUGGAGAUCCUGGAGAUCCCGCAGCUGAUGGACACUUGCGUCCGCAACGGCUACUACGAGGAGGCCCUGGAGCUCGCUGCCUACGUGCGCCGGCUGGAGAGGAAACACUCCUCCAUCCCCGUCGUCCAGGGCAUUGUGGACGAAGUGCAUCAGUCUUCACAGCUAAUGCUGAAUCACUUGAUCCAGCAACUGCGCACUAAUAUCCAGCUGCCUGCUUGCCUGCGUGUCAUUGGCUACUUGCGGCGCAUGGAUGUCUUCACGGAGGCCGAACUGCGCAUCAAGUUUCUGCAGGCCCGGGACGCCUGGCUCCACUCCAUCCAAGCCUCCAUCCCUGAUGACGACCCCUACUUCCACAUCACCAAGACCAUCGAGGCCUGCCGCGUCCAUCUCUUUGACAUCAUCACACAGUAUCGCGCCAUCUUCUCGGACGAGGAGCCAUUGCUGCCUCCUGGCGAGCAUGUGGUCAAUGAGAGUGCCAUCUUCCAUGGCUGGGUGCUGCAGAAGGUUUCACAAUUCCUGCAGGUUCUGGACAAUGACCUCCAGCGGGGGGUGGGCAGCCGCUUGGACUCACUGUUGGGUCAGUGCAUGUACUUUGGCCUGUCCUUCAGCAGGGUGGGAGCUGAUUUCCGGGGCCAGCUGGCCCCAGUGUUCCAGCAAGUUGCAUUUAGCACUUUCAGGAAGGCGAUUCAGGAAGCAGUGGACAAAUUCCAAGAUGAGAUGAACUCCUACACGCUGAUCUCUGCUCCUGCUGUCCUGGGCAGCACCAUCCCUGUGACAGUGCCAGCCACCCAGCCAGGAACCCUGCAGCCUCCCAUGGUGCUGCUGGACUUCCCACCUCUUGCCUGCUUCCUGAACAACAUUCUGGUUGCCUUCAAUGACCUGCGUCUCUGCUGCCCUGUGGCUCUUGCCCAGGAUGUAACGACUUCACUGGAGGCUGCCCUUGGCAAGGUGACUAAAACAAUCCUGGCUUUUCACCGGGCAGAGGAGGCGGCUUUCAGCAGCCGGGAGCAGGAGCUUUUUGCUCAGUUCUGUACAGUGUUCCUGGAAGACCUGCUCCCCUACCUUAACCGUUGCCUCCACGUCCUCUUUCCCCCAGCCCAGAUAGCACAGACCCUGGGUGUUCCUCCCACUCAGCUGCACAAGUACGGCAGCCUUGGCUGUGUGGACGUGAAUGUGAUCAAGGAACCACUCGCCUUCAUCCUGCCAAAGAGAGAGGCCAUGUUCACUCCAGACGAGAAGGAACUGGCCCAGGAGAGCCCAGCACCUGCACCAGAAAUUCCAGGGCCAGAGCAGGGAGUAGAACCCAGCCUGAAUGAGGCAGGAGAUCCCGUUUCUUGGCAGGCAAGCGGGUGGGCGGCCCGCAUCCUCCAGCAUGAGAUGGACCACCUGCAGGGCAUCCUGUACAUCGACAAAAUGGAGAGCCAGACCUUUGUGAACACGCGCUGGACGGAGGUGAACGAGUGAGCCCCUCACGGGUGGCUGGAGUGACCGGCUUGGGUUGUAAUGGGGUGUGUCUUCCACUCGCCUACCGACAGCAAGGAAAAUAAAUGUGUUGCACAGCUCA